CCCGGGCGCGACGCCCCUUCUUCCUCAGAGAGACGCCUCAACCCCCACCACCCACCGACUGCAAACGCGCAGCCAGCCACAUCCCAUCCCAUUCCACUCCACGGUGAGGUUGAGCGAUCUGACGAGCCCUUUGAGCAGCGACGACGACGGCAGGUUUGUUCUCUGAACUUCUCUGGUCUUUUUAGCAGCAGCCAGCAGGACCACGCGAGAAACAGAGGCCCUGCUCAAGGGGUCCUUCUUCUGGGAUUAUUAGAUCGGAAGAAGCGCUCUCCUCUUGCUCGGGGCUCCUCUUGAUUUCUUGGCGACCUCACCACUCUCCUAGAGGAACAGAGAUCCAGAGAACCUUUUUUCUCUCCUGGAUUCUUGCCUUUCUUUUUCCUUUUCUUUCUGCCUUCCUUAAUUUGCCUCGGCACGGCCGGAAAGGGUUCUUUUGCAAUACCCUUCGAGUUCGUCCGGAUUUAUUCCCUGUUUUCCCCUCGUUUCUCUAAUUUUAUUGAGGAACAGGGCCCUUUUUUUUUCCCUUCCUUUCUGCUUGCACGAGAAAGCUCCUUUUUUUCCGUCCCGUUUUUGGUUCGCCCUUCUCUGCAUCACCAUCUUCUUCUUCCUCUGUCCAAAGCCCCCAUGGCCGCAGCCAUAGACAUGUACAAGUACAACCCCGCCACGCACCAGAUCGGCUCUGCCUCGGAUCAGGAGCUCAUGAAAGCACUCGAACCUUUUAUCACGGGUGCUUCCUCCUCUUCCUACCCCUACCCCUACCAGUACCAGUAUUACUCUUCUCCUUCCAUGACCCAAGAUUCAUACACGGCCACCCCAUCAUCGUCGUCAUCCUACGCCUCGUUCGCAGCCCCUCCUCUACCCACCACCGCGCCCUUCUCGCAGCUUCCGCCGCUCUACUCCUCCUCUUCGCAGUAUGCCGUGAACAACGGAUCCAUGGGGCUGGCCCAGCUCGGCCCGGCCCAGAUCCAGCAGAUCCAGGCCCAGUUCUUCGUCCAGCAGCAGCAGCAGAGGGGCCUGGCUGGCGGCUCCUUCCUUGGGCCGCGCGCGCAGCCGAUGAAGCAGUCCGGGUCGCCGCCGCCGCGCGCGUCCGCCGCGGCGCUGGCGCUGGCCGGAGUGGCGCCCGCGCAGUCCAAGCUGUACCGCGGAGUGCGGCAGCGCCACUGGGGCAAGUGGGUGGCGGAGAUCCGCCUCCCCAAGAACCGUACGAGGCUGUGGCUCGGCACCUUCGACACCGCCGAGGACGCCGCGCUCGCCUACGACAAGGCCGCCUUCCGCCUCCGCGGCGACCUGGCCCGCCUCAACUUCCCGUCGCUCCGACGCGGCGGCGCCCACCUGGCCGGCCCGCUCCACGCCUCCGUCGACGCCAAGCUCACCGCCAUCUGCCAGUCGCUCGCCGCGCCCUCGUCCAAGAACUCCGCCGAGGCGGAGCCGGAGCCGGAGUCCCCCAAGUGCUCCGCGUCCACGGAGGGAGAGGACUCGGUGUCCGCCGGGUCCCCGCCGCCGGUCCCGGAGAUGGAGAAGCUGGACUUCACGGAGGCGCCGUGGGACGAGUCGGAGACCUUCCACCUGCGCAAGUACCCGUCCGUGGAGAUCGACUGGGACUCCAUCCUGUCGUGAACAGCAAGCAGCUACUACCACUACCAGUACAGUCUUCGUUAAGCUCCGUAGCUAUGAUGUAAUUUCUCCUUGGAUCGAAUCGGCGGCUGCUCUGGCCCGACGGCAUUUUAGACGUCGGCCAUGGCUGCUGCGAGUAGCUAGCAGUAGCAGUAGCAGUAAGAAGCCAGUGGUGUUUAGUGCUGUAGUAAGGUCGUCGCUACUACGUGGUGUAACUGAUCUCCUGGUUGACCCGCCGGCAGUUUUUUCACGGCAAAGGCGGCCAGUCGAGAGGUGUAAUCGUGUUUACCCGUUGGAAAUUGCACUAGCUUAAUUAUGUAA